UUGAUCACAAUUCACAAAUUUGCUGCUCUAUAAUCUACAAAACUCUCACACCAACAUAUUACAUGGAGCACUUGUUGGGUUUGUUAAGUAUUCAUGUACAAAAAGGAGUAAACCUUGCCGCAAAGGAUAUUCUAGGCAGCGAUCCUUACAUUGUUUUCCGAUUAGGAAAUCAGACAUUGAAGACUCGAGUAAUUAAGAAUAACAACAAUCCUGUAUGGGAUGAAGUUAUUCACAUUGCCAUUUUUGAACCUCUUCCAAUCAAAUUCGAAGUAUAUGAUAAGGAUACAUUCUCGUGUGAUGAUGAAAUGGGAGAUGCAGAAUUCGACAUCAAACCCUUUAUAGAAGCGUUAAAAAUGCGUUUGGACAAUCUACCAGACGAAGCGAUCAUUGCAACUGUAAAAGCGACAAGAACAAAUUGUUUAUCUGAAGACAGCUGCAUAACAUGGAGCAAGGGAAAAGUUGUCCAAAAUAUGGUACUUCGAUUGCGAAAUGUGACAUCCGGUGAAAUUGAGAUGCAAUUAGGAUGGAUAAAUGUUCCUGGUUCUAAAGGUCUAAAGUAA